AAGGAAAUGCAAGGAGAAAACCUCACCGUUUGGAGCUUUUUUUUCCUGGAGGGUUUUUCUAGAUACCCAACAUUAGAGAUUGUCCUCUUCGUCUUCAGCCUUGUGAUGUUCCUGAUAACUCUCUUGGGCAACAGCACUCUGAUCUUGAUCACUGUCCUAGAUGCACGCCUCCAAAGCCCCAUGUACUUGUUCCUUGGAAAUCUCUCUUUCAUGGAUAUUUGUUACACAUCUGCUUCCAUUCCCACUUUGCUGGUGAACGUGCUGUCAUCCCAGAAAACCAUUAUGUUUUCUGGGUGUGCCGUUCAGAUGUAUCUGUCUCUUGCCAUGGGCUCCACAGAGUGCGUGCUCCUGGCUGUGAUGGCAUAUGACCGCUACCUGGCCAUUUGCAACCCCCUGAGGUACCCCGUCCUCAUGAACAGGCAGGUCUGUGUGCAGAUGGCUGCUGCCUCCUGGGUGACGGGUUGUCUGACCGCCCUGCUGGAAACCAGUUUUGCCCUGCAGGUACCCCUCUGUGGGAAUCUCAUUGAUCACUUCACAUGUGAGAUCCUCGCCGUGCUGAAGUUAGCUUGUGCAGAGUCACUGCUCGUGGACAUGGUCAUGCUGGUGGUCAGUGUGCUCCUCCUGCCGAUCCCGAUGCUCUUAAUUUGCAUCUCUUAUGUCUUCAUCCUUUCCACCAUCCUGAGAAUCAGCUCAGCCAAGGGAAGAAGCAAAGCUUUUUCGACCUGUGGCGCGCACUUGACCGUGGUGAUCUUGUAUUAUGGGGCUGCCCUCUCCAUGUACCUAAAGCCUUCUUCCUCGAGCUCACAGGAAGUAGAUAAGGUCAUCUCACUGCUCUAUGGAGUGCUGACCCCUAUGUUGAACCCCAUCAUUUACAGCUUAAGAAACAAAGAAGUCAAAGCUGCCAUGAGAAAAGUGCUGGGCCAGAUACCAUUGUAUCGAACACAUGAAAGUCUCUGA